AUGUUUUCCGGCACUUCCAUCGCCGCGACGGCCUACGCUCUCUUCGUCGCCGUGAGUGCAUCGCCGGAUGCCUUUCCCUUCAACAACCAGCCAGCCCACCAGCUGGUCAACCGCGCCGAUGUGAUCAUCACCACCGGUGCCACAGGUGGUGUCCACCCUCGUCUCGAAAUCAGCAACUUGGCCACCCGCGACGACCAGUGGGCGCUCUACAUCAAGACCAUGUCCAAGUGGCAACAGGCCGGCCAGGACGAAUCAUCCGGCUACUAUGGUGUCGCCUCCAUUCACGGAGUGCCGCAGGRGGACUGGAAUGGCGCAAAGCAGUGCGAUAGCUGCGGUAGCGCCACUGGUUACGGCACUCACGACAUGGUCAUCUUCCCCACAUGGCACCGUCUCUACCUCUCCCAUUUCGAGCAAAAGUUCCUCGAAGCGGCCCUGGAGGUCGCCGAGAGCUACCCGGCAUCGUCGCGCGCUCGCAUGGUUGAGGCGCAGAAGACGCUCCGAUUUCCCUACUGGGAUUGGGCAGCUAGGCCAGAGGACAACUCGAGCUGUCUCCCAGAGACCAUUUCUUCGCCCCAGAUCACCAUCAACGGACCUGACGGCGCUGAGACUCUUGACAACCCUCUGUACAAGUUCGAGUUCACCGAAUCGGAGGCCAAGGCCAACUACUACAGCGUUUUCACCGAGUGGACCCAGACUUACCGUUACCCCACCAGCAACUCUCCGAGCACCAACAGCGAGGACGCAGCUGCCGUGUCCGCUUUGGACAGCAUGCAGACAUCCCUCAAGGACCAGGUCUACCAGAUGUUGACUGCUUGCGACGACUUCCUUCACUUCUCCAACGACCAAGCUGGUGCCACCUCCAAGUGUGCCAACUCGCUCGAGCAAAUUCACAACACUGUUCACACGCUUGCCGGCGGUGCUGGCAGCGACGGUACCUCUGGUGGUCACUUGACUUACCUGCCCCUCUCGACUUACGACCCAAUCUUCUGGUUGCACCACUGCAACGUUGAUCGUCUUUUCGCCCUCUGGCAGACAAUCAACCCAAACAGCUUCGUUCCAUCCUCGACUGCUCCUCACGCCACCUGGGUUAUUCCAUCUGGCGCUACGCUCAACGGUGACUACCCGCUCGAGCCAUUCAACAAGGACGCCAGCUCGUACUGGACCUCCAACGAGAUUCGCGACUGGACUGUGCUCGGCUACACUUACCCCGAGUUCACCACCAGCGAUGGCAAGAAGAGCGACAUUGCGACUUACAUCAACGGUCUUUACGGAAACAAGCCAACCCUUUCCGCCAGCGCCAUCUCUGCUCAGAUUCCCGAUGCCAAGACCCAGUCCAACUCAUCGAGCCCUCCCAAGUCUCCAGCCGACACGAGAGCAACCGCCCCAAGUGGCAACGCCCCAAGUGGCAACAGCCCGAGCGGAAACGGUGGUCUUCUUGGUGGUCUUCUCGGAGGCUCGAAUGGAGGUCUUCUCGGAGGCUCAAAGUUCAACUUGUCCCUGCCCACGACUUCCUCACCAUCCAACACCCCAAGCAUCGUAGGUGGUCUCUCAUCGCUGAUUGACACUGUCAUGGGUGGAGUGGAGGACUUGCUGGACUCGUUCAUCGAUGCCGCGACCGGAAACGCUUACGAAUACGCCGCCAACAUCCAAACUCCUCGCUACGCGCUCAACGGUUCUUACUACGUCUACGUGUUCAACGGUUCCCCAGAGAACGCUUCUCCCGCCAACUGGCUUCAGGACAAGAACCUCAUCGGUAUGAUGGGUGUUCUCGCCUCUCCAGAUGCCAUGCCCAACCACGAUUUGCUCGUUACUGGCCAGAUCCCCCUCACCCGCUCUCUUCGUGGAAUGGUCACCGUUGGUAGCCUCCUUGGCAUGGACGAGGAUAACAUUCUCCCAUCWCUGACACAGAACCUCGAGUGGCGCAUCUCCAAGAACGGCCAGGAGGUUGAUGUCGACUCUGUCCAGGGCUUCCAAGUCUCCGUCUACUCCAGUCAAGCAUCCGUGCCAAAGUCAGUUGGCGAGCUCCCAUCGUGGUCGAAGUUCACUCCUCAGGUCGAGGUUACCAAGGGCAAGACUGGUGGUGCCGCGAAGGCUAUCUUCGGUACUGCCGAUGAUCAAUCUGAUGCCUCGUCCAACGUACCUUCGUACGGCUCCGGAUCUUCCUCUGAGUCCUCUCCAGUUGCUCCAAAGAACGAGACCGCAGCUCAUGGAUCCGCCUCGUCGGCCCCAUCGUACAGCUCUACAUUCUCUGCCGUUGGCCACGAGGUCUCUCCUUCUGCGUCGUCUCCUGCUAGCCACGAGGCCUCAUCUGCGUCGACUCCUGCUGGCUACCAAGCAUCUCCGUCUGCGUCGUCUCCUGCUGGCUACCAAGCAUCUCCGUCUGCCUCUGUCACUGGUGCCUACUCGUAUGGAUCAUACGCGCCAAGCUCUAUGCCAUACGCGACCCUCGACACCCCAACUUCGUGGGCUACCGCGCCCGCCGGCGUCAAGCCAUCGGCGUACCAGCCAUGGAACACCGUAGCUCAGCCAGCUGAGACUUGUGCCGUUGUCACCACUACUGUCAAGCACGUCGAGACCAUCUACGUCACGGAGUCCGCUCCAUCAGCCAUCGCUCCUGCAUACAGCGCGCCUUCAAGCCCGGCCGCACCUGUGUACAGCGCUCCCUCARGCCCAGCCGCACCCGUGUACCAGGCUCCAUCGUCCAGCAUUGUGACAGUCGUUCCACAGCCUUCCAGCCCGGUCGAGAACUCGCCAGUGUCUCCAUCUGCCCCAGCAGAGUACCCUAGCGCUGGCGAGUCCAAGACCGUCCCAGUCGCUCCAUACCCCGUGCCCAGCGCUUCCAAGCCAGCAUACUACCCCACAGGUAGCGGCUCUCCAGUUGCYCCAGUUUACCCAAGUGGAACUGGCAAUGUCUACCCCUCAACGCCUGUUCAAUACACGGGCGCGGCCAACGUAAUGAACGCCGCUGGCCUCUUUGCAGGAAUCGGCGCAAUCGCCGCUUUCUUCAUGUAA